AAUUUCGACAAUUUGUGGGGCUGGCAUUUGCGCCAACUGCCAUGUCUAGUGCUGAAGCUCGAGGUCGAUCUCGAAAUGGACCCAGCUCGUGUAAAGACCACAAGACAGGCCACAUCCCUUCGAUCCAUACCAUAUCACGAACCUACUUUGCAGGGCAGGUUUCUCAACAGAGCUCGCCGACUGCCCGACCUUUUGACUGCGUAACGAACGUGCACGAGAACUGAGGAUUGCGACCAAGUUUGAUUUUCAUCCAUUCAUUCCUUGUUGUUCUGUCGGUUAGGUCCCUUUAUUUGCAUUCAUGACAAGCUCCCAGUCGCUCCUUCCUCCCCUCGCCUGUCUGUACUUCUUGGCCCCAACUUUCAAGACCCAGACUCCGCCGCCCUGACGUCCCUGUCCCUGCAACCCAUCGACUUCCAGCAGUGCGACUACUUGAAAUCGCCCGCAUUUCCUCAACAACCGAUUCGUACUCCCCGCCUCGACAACCGCCUCUUUAUUUUCUUUUGGUUUCGGCCGGUGCUACCAGGCAUAGCUGUUAAACUUGGUGGAGGGUGAAGGGAGCUAGGCAGAACCAACGUCACCAUGCCUUCAUCCCUUGUCGAGGAUGAGUACAUCAACGGCCAAGCGACGGCCCACAACGUCGCCGAGCUCGAGGAGUGCUCAAUCGCCAUCGACGCCACGUACUAUCUUCAGUACUUGCUGCAUACCCCGCCGACCCGAGAACCUCUCCUGACCGCUUUGGGUGGUAUGAAUGGGCUCGACAACCACAUUCGGGAAGACCUGGCGAACUGGAAGGCUCACAAUGUUACGCCGUUCUUCAUCUUCGACGGCCAAUCCAUGAUGGGACAAGAUGAGGUCAUGACAAGCCGGGGUCGCAAGUCCAUCGAGAAGUCAACGCAGGCCUGGGAGCUGUACGUUAAUGGACAGGCGCAGGAGGCGGUCAACUCGUUUGGCAACCACAAUGGCGCCUUCAUAGUCCAGAACCUUUACAGGAUGCUGCAGAAAAUACUGAAGGAUUUGGACCUGCACUUCCUGGUUGCGCCCUAUAAUGCAGCUGCUCAGAUUGCAUAUUUGGACAUGAUCGAUUCAGACCAAUGCGCCGGUAUCAUGGGCCCUCAGGAGCUUCUGCUUUACCCCAUCAAAGACAUGAUUAUCCGUUCGAUAGACUGGACCAACAAAACCGCAACGGCAAUCUCCAAGCGAAACAUCAUCAAGCAGCUCGGCAUCGGUGAUAACACGUUUGCAGACGCUCUUCUGAUGGUCGGGACCUCGUUCUUGCCUCCUUUUCCGCCGUUGCAGGACGGUAGCGUUUUGCCUGUGCCCCGUAGGCAGAACGUGGUCGAUGCCAUCAACAUGUUGAGGGCGUCGGAGAAGUCUGUUGCCUCGGCUUGCCACUCUUUCAGCGACAUUCUGAAGUCGCACGACCCUAAUUGGCUUGAUAAGUACUCCAAGGCAAAGAUGGCGGUGGCUCACUUCAUUUACAUUGCAGAAGAUGGCGCCGUGACGGUUCACGACUACGACAAGCUUACCAAAGAUAACCACGAGUAUCUGGGCCUUCAGCUACCCGCAGAACUUUUCCACUACCUCAACACCGGUCUGAUUGGCCCACGGAUGCUCAGCUGGAUAACACACAGCAAAAUAACCGUGCUACCAACAAUCGACGGUAACGUUUCGGACGAGUAUCGGAACCUUGUGACCAAGUCAUUGGUUCCUGUAAAGGAGAUGACUCUCAGCCUCUUGAUCCCGCGUCUGAACCGUGGCAUCGGAUUUCGCGAUGUGGCGAUGAAGGUCUGGUUCGACGACAAAUUCACCUACAACGUCAAUCACCGAAAUGUGCAGCCUUCUCCCGGAAUCAGGACCGCGAGCUGGCUCAUCACGGACAGCAAACUCAAAUCACUCUUUCCCAAACCAGAAUCGGGAUCCAUUGCCUUUGAGGUUCUUGCUCUCAAGAACCCAGACCUCGUCAGCGCGACAUCAACCAAGGACAGGAUCAAGGGUGCGUCGCUUGACUCUGCAGACGUAAUCGUAUCGGUCGCAAUCUGGCGCUUCCUUCACCUGCGUGGUUACGUUUCGGACUCGCACGAACUGACGCCCUGGGGCCAAACACUGGCCCAGGCACUCCAGGCCAUUGAGCCGGUGGCUAAGGAACAUCCUGAAUUUGAGGGUCUCUACGAGCAGCUGCUUGUGGCCUUUGAGAUGAUUAGGUUUGGUGUGCUUCACACCAAGGCGCCUCAGGACGAGUCACAUGGUCUGCCAUUGAAUGGAUCAGAAGAUGAUAAGGGCAGUCUACUACUUUUGAGCCGCGUUGCAACGCUGCUCAAGUUGCGACACGCCCCGACUGGAUACACGGGGCCUUUGAACAAGAGUUUGCUUGUGUUCCGCUCCCUGGCGUCCACGGUCAGGGAGGCAGACCGUGAUCUUGUCGAGGCGAUUGUUGCAUCGAUGUUUAUGUACGCACAGGCAAAGCGUGAGAGGGAUGAUUCAUGGGAGAUUGGCAACCGCCUCCCAUUCACACAAAACCCCGACAUUGCGUUUGGUAUUGCAGUCAAAACACUGUUGGACGAGGUGCAAGUGGGUGAACCAGCCGAGGUGCGGCGCCAGCGCAUGGAGACAUUCCCAGCAGAAUACGUGCCGCACUCGACAGACUUUGAAGAAGAUAUGGGCAUCUUCUAUGCAUUCUUCGGGGCCAUUGCCGGUGCCGUGAAGACACUCCCUGACAAGGAGCUCAGCGCUACUGUCAAAGGAACAUGGGAAACGGCUACCAAGUAUCUCGAAUUAAGAAAGUAAGAUUUGGCGAGGGGUGGUUGCAGCUGGGUACACUCUGUUUGAGGGUGAUUGUAGCGGCGGCUCGGCUUGGAUCAGCUCUUGGUUGCAUCUGCGUCACUUGAGAUAAGGACAGUGUGCAGCCUCAUUGGUCAAGUACAAGGGAACAAAAGUGUGUGACCGGGGAUCAAGUUUAAUCUAGGCCAAACUGCCAUUGAGGCGUUGUGGAUAGGAAAAGCACAACGAAAAAA